GACGUCACCCAUUGUUUACAAAUCAACCGGAGCCGGUAGGAUUCCGGCUCCCGCGGCUGCAGGCGCGCGGCGCGAGUGCCCGGCGGGUUGCGGCUUCCGCGUCCGCCCCGGCCCGGCCCCGGCUCUCGCACCGCGCACGGUUCCGCUGCGGCCCACCGAGCCCCGCACGCAGCCGAGCCGCCAGCAACGCCCGCAGAGCUCCGGGUGCCCGGGCGGGGGACCAUGCCGUGCCGGAGGGAGGAGGAAGAGGAAGCGGAGGGGGAGGAGGAGGAAGAGGACGACGACGACAGCCUCCUCCUGCUGGAGCAGUCGGUGACGCUGGGCGGCUCGGGCGAGGUGGACCGGCUGGUGGCCCAGAUCGGCGAGACGCUGCAGCUGGACGCGGCGCAGGACAGCCCGGCCUCCCCGUGCGCGCCCCCGGGGCCGCCGCUGCAGCCCCCGCGGCCCCCGGCGGCGGUGCGGGCGGACAAGGCCCGGUCCCCGGGGCUGCCGCUGCUUCUGUCGCCGGCGCCGGCCGAGGCGGGGGUCCCGGCGCCCCCGGGGGCCCUGCGCUGCGCCCUCGGGGAUCGCGGCCGCCUGCGGGGCAGGGCUGCGCCCUACUUUGUGGCCGAGCUCGCCGCAGGUCCCUCCGCGCUGUCCCCACUACCCCCUCAGCCUGGCCUCGGUGGGCCUUCGGGAGGCGACAAGCAGGGCGCCCCGCAGCCGCUCUCGGGCCCGUGCCGGCGAGGAUGGAUGCGGGGCUCCGCCGCCUCCCGCCGCCUGCAGCAGCGACGCGGGCCUCAGCCCGAAGCCCACACCGGCGACGACGACCCGCACCGGCUCCUGCAGCAGCUCGUGCUCUCGGGGAACCUCAUCAAGGAGGCUGUACGGAGGCUUCAUUCGCGACGGCUGCAGUUACGCGCAAAGCUUCCCCAACGCCAGCUCCUGGAGCCUCUGUCGGCCCCAGUCUAUGAGCCCCCUUCGCCCCGCAGCCCUCGCGCGGCCUGCAGCGACCCUGGCGCGUCCGGCAGGAGGGCACAGCUCAGAACUGGCGACAGUGUUCUUGUCCCUGGUAGCUAACGCCACGGGAGUGGCCACAGCGCCAGCCUCUGCCUGGAGGGCAAGGGGUUCCCCUGAGGGCUCUAUCCCUAACUCAGACUGGUGAAGUCGUGAUUUGGAAGCGAGAAAAUAAGCUUAUGAAGACCAGGAAUCGAAAAAUCUAGAAUAUUUUUGCGGGGAACUGAGGUCGAGGGUCCCGAUGUGUUUGAAAAACAGGACUUGGGUGGCCCCACUUAAGGCACAUGAGAGAGCGCACCCCAAGCUCACAGUCAGUAGGACUUCUUAUUUGGCGUGAUCAGUCCUGGCGGCGCAGCGUGCAGUUCCACGCAGCCUCUCAGGGCCCUCCAGCCCGGCGACCAUGUGGCCACAGUCUGCGCCUCUCAGGAUCGCCGAGCGUCUGAAGGACGAGGAUUAUCCCGGUUACUUGCUUUACCUUUUCAGGGCUGGUUCCUCAUCCACAUUGAGGGAGAACAUGAGUAGACGAUCAUUUCAGGGAGUACCUCAAACUAUAGACUUGAAAAUUUACGACACUCAGAAAAACCCAGCUCGUGUCCUUUGGGGUGCUUGUUCUUAAUAUAAAACAUGCAGCACCAUGAAGGGACCUUUUUGGGAGUUGAAUAGGAGUAACCUUUUCUCUGUCCCCGCUCUGCAACUGGCUGCGGUUCUCAGAGUGGCAGGGGAAAGCGGUGCGCCCCGGAUGCUGAUGCGAGCCGGGGGCGGGCGGUGCUGGGAAAAGUAGGGUAAGGCGCCGAGUGAAGCCUCUGUCCUCUCUAAAGUAUUUUCACAGCCAGCUGUCCCUCCUCGGGUUCAAGGUCAUUGUUUCCUGGGCGCACACGGGAUUGCGGGGCUCCAGCAGGGUAGAAGAGUUGCCCGGUUGUGCCUCUACUCGGAGAAGAGCGCGGUGUUUUGCAGGGCUGGAGUCUCCUGAGGACACGCGCACCGCCACCACCGCGGGUGUAGAGAAGGCGGGGACGUGCCGGGCGCCGGUGCCUCCAGCGGGCGGCCGCACCCCGGGCUUUCAUGGAAGCUGUCCUGAGACCUGGCCUCGGAUCCCCCCCUCUCCCCCUCGGCCCUGCUGCUCUACUCAAGCGGGUGGCGCUGGCGCUCCUGGGGCCCCAACCUGGGGGCUGGGGAGACGCCACGUGACUGGCACUCCAGGGAGGCACAGCCUCGCACAGCAGCUUAUAAUGGGCUCUCCAGGGCCGUUUGCAAUAACAGCUGCAAUUCCCUGGAUAGACGGAGUUGGUUUCCUCCCUUUGCCCCACCCCCAGCCAUGCCAGCUCGCCUUUGUAAGUGAAGGAAACCGCGUAGAAAACGUGACCCUCCAAAUGGAGAAGCUGCAGGCUUUGCCAUUGUGAACGGUGGUGAAGUGCUUGUAACAUACUGUUCACACCCUCUGAGGGAUCUAAGGCCGUUUUGUUGGUGUUUUGGUUUUAUAAGAUUCAAUGGCUUGUUCAUCCAGUUGCGGCUAUUGAUAUAUCUACACUUCGCACCGGAGUGUCUGGAAUUGUGGCUGUCCUGAUUAUAGGAUUUUAACUUAACUGAAAUAUCUGUUUUUAAUAAAUGUGUUGGGUUUGGGGUUUGGUUUUAUUUUAUACUUGCCGUCGGUGGGAAAGAUGCACAGAACACAUUUCUCUGAUCUCCAUAAACAUGAAAACACUUGAAAUCCUUGUCA